CGCAUAAAGUGCUCAUGCUCAUCGACGUCCAUUGCUACAUUCAUUGAGGGUUACGAGUUACGACAAGGGUUACGAAAAUGGGUACAUAUUUCGGUUAUUCGACGGACUCGCAAACGAAUAUGAGCCGCACUUUGCUGCAGCUCCGUCGAGGCCUCUGCGCGGCGACGCGACCGACUUCGCAAUUGACGCGUCGAUGGAUCAACUAUGGACACGAUAUGCACAAGGAAAUGCUCAAUGGUACUGCCAAAGUCUCCGUUACCGAGUACGAUGAAGGAGGCUUCGUCAUCAACGACGUGAAUAUGCGCGGUGGAGUGGCACUAUUCUCCGAGAUCGCCAUGCUCUGGAAGCCGAAAAGAAUUGAGGAGAUCACGCGCGACCACCUUGCUGUCUUUACUGUUGCUAACCCUCCUGUCGAGAUUCUGGUGCUUGGGUGCGGUGAGCGUAUCAACCACGGACUAGCUCCAGAAUUGAAAGAGCUGCUAAAGACGAACGGCAUCGUCGUGGAAUACCUCGAUACUGUCAACGCCUGCGCUACGUUCAACAUCCUGAAUGCCGAGGACCGCCGAGUGGCUGCUGCAUUGCUGCCUUACGACCCUGAUGCCACUCCUGAAGCCCCAGAAACGACCAGCUAAGCGCACAAGGAUACAGAAUAGGAGUAAUUUCAAGGUUCAAGGAAGAACGAGAAAAGUUGAGAUCCACCUUGCAUUUCUCCUUGAAAAGUUCGAGUUACCUGGCUACAAAAUUAUCGUCGUAGCUGGUUGUGGCAAGUAGGGCACUUGUAGCGGACUCCUCUGUUUUCAUACUUAUCGAUGCAGCCGUGGUGGACCACAGUCUCACAAUUUCUGUCCUGGCAUUUCGCUCCCUGCAGCAGUUCGUAUUGGCAGAUCGGGCACUUCUUCACUUGUAGAUCGCGCAGAAAUGCGAUCAGCUCCAGGUACGCCCGUGGCCCCAGAGUGAAGCUACGUG